AUCAUUCCGCCCCUUCAAAUCACCUCCCAUCUUGAAAUUUAUUUUUGACAAUAAAGAAAUCUUCUCUUAAUCCAAACGAGUGAAUUUGAAUGAAUUCUAUUUCGCUAUAUAAUUGCAGUUGAUAAUCAGCUUCCUGUCCAAUCUUCUUCAGCCAAACGUCUUUUCUUCUUUUCACUUCUCCGACUCAUUCGAUCCCCUAUAUUGAAGAAGAAAAACCAGAGAGCAAAGAUGCAGAGGCUUUUCGCGGCGAGGACUAUCUGCGCUUCAAUCUUUGGCAACCAUAAGCGUUCUUGUUUCUCGACUUCGCUGCUCUUUGAUGAUACUCAAAUACAGUUCAAAGAAAGUGUUGCGCAGUUUACUGCUGAAAACAUUGCUCCUCAUGCUUCAAAAAUAGACCAAACAAAUUCAUUCCCCAAGGAGGUCGACCUAUGGAAACUCAUGGGAGAAUUUAAUCUCCUUGGGAUUACUGCACCUGAGGAAUAUGGAGGGCUCGGUCUUGGUUACUUGUAUCACUGCCUUGCAAUGGAGGAAAUUAGCCAUGCUUCAGGGUCUGUUGGUCUCUCCUAUGGUGCCCAUUCUAAUCUGUGCAUUAAUCAAUUGGUGAGAAAUGGAAGCGUUGCUCAGAAAAAGAAGUAUCUUCCAAAGCUCAUUAGUGGAGAGCAUGUUGGAGCUCUUGCCAUGAGUGAACCUAAUGCUGGCUCUGAUGUUGUUAGCAUGAAGUGUAGAGCUGAUCGUGCAGAUGGUGGUUAUGUUAUAAAUGGGAACAAGAUGUGGUGCACCAAUGGUCCAAGUGCUCAGACAUUGAUCGUGUAUGCAAAGACGGACACCACGGCUGGCUCAAAAGGAGUGACAGCAUUUAUCAUUGAGAAGGGAAUGCCAGGGUUUAGUACUGCUCAGAAAUUGGACAAACUUGGGAUGCGAGGAAGUGACACAUGUGAGCUUGUCUUUGAGAAUUGCUUUGUACCAGAAGAAAAUGUUCUUGGAGAGGAAGGAAAAGGAGUUUACAUCAUGAUGUCGGGGCUAGACUUGGAGAGGCUUGUUUUGUCUGCUGGACCUGUUGGAAUUAUGCAGGCAUGUUUAGAUGUUGUUCUUCCUUACAUUCGGCAACGAGAACAAUUUCAGCGUCCAAUUGGCGAGUUUCAGUUUAUACAGGGGAAAGUUGCUGACAUGUAUACAUCUUUACAAGCUUCGAGGUCCUAUGUGUAUUCUGUUGCUAGGGACUGUGACAAUGGAAACAUUCACCCUAAGGACUGUGCUGGAGUCAUACUUUAUGCAGGUGAAAGAGGUACCCAAGUUGCUCUGCAGGCUAUACAGUGUUUAGGUGGUAACGGAUAUGUGAAUGAGUACCCAACGGGUCGUCUUCUUCGAGAUGCCAAGUUAUAUGAAAUUGGGGCAGGAACUAGUGAGAUCAGAAGAUUGAUCAUUGGACGUGCCCUCUUCAAGGAGGGAUGAGCGAGUGAGAAUGAAGCUGCUCAUCCAGGUGCAGGCCUACAGCCGCCCACAGGGUCAUGAAUGACUCUGUAAUCCAUUUUCUGAAAUGUAAGAUAAUUUCUUUGAGAUAUUGGAAAAGAAAAUGCAUCAUAUUAAUAAUGGAAGUCAGUGGAUUGCUGAUAUAGCCUGAUACCUGUUAGUAUGUA